AUGUUUCCAAUCAAAUAUAAUUGGCCUUUUUUAUUCGAACUCAUGGAAAUUUUUUUUAGAAUUGAGUCAAUUAAAAUGGCACAACUGCGUUUAUUUAAAAACCCGAUUCUUAUUAAAACCAUAAGUGAAUCCAUAAUUACCGAAGAAGAAGCAUUACGUUCCAUAAAGAAUUAUACAUCAAGUAGUGCUAUAAGCAGUUUACCGCAAAAAAAAUUGACGGAUUUACAAAAUUUACAAGAUCAUUUAUCUUCAAAAACUGGAUUUGUUUCUGAUCCUGUUAAGAGAAAGCAUGAUUCUAUAGAAACUGUUGUAAACAAGUUAAUUGAAGGAUAA